UGCCUGCCGUAAGACAUGAUUGUGUUUAAGUGAUAUUGAUUAUUUAUUUUGCUGACAAAAUUCGAGUAAACAAAUGCAUUGAAUUGUGAAAAAGUUUAAUGCGAAAAAUGCUUAUAAUAUAAGAAAUGCGUAUAACAAGAUGUAUGAAUUCGGUGUACCAUUAGAGUUGAUGACUAUAUAUUAAUUAACGAUUCACAUAUUUACAUAAAGUUGAAGAUACGUUAUUGAUUCAAUCCGAAUGAAUUAAGUCAAAUGCAAUAAGUAAAAAUAAAGUGAAAUGUGAAAAUAUACAUAUGAUCUUUAACACAUCACUCAGCGAAAUAUGUUACAUAUGCUUUAAAUAAACAACUUUAAAGGAACGACACAUAUCAAAAAUAAUUGUUUAAGCAAAUAAUUUAGUCAAAGCAAACCAGUUUUUAAAAACUUCGAUAUCGAUAAUCUUGCAAUAAUAAUGCUGUUAUCAUGCAUUACAUAUCAUAAUUUACAAAUUGUCAACAAACCUCGCAAUUACAACAGUUUUAACAUAUCACAAAGGACUUCGCUGAAUUAUUCUAAAAAAUUAAUAAAUAAGAGUGCAAAAGAUUGAUAAAUUUGAAUUAGUUGAUUUUACCCUGGCUAUCAGCGAACUUGAUUUGAUUUGCAUUUUUAUUAAUUCUGAGCAUAAGUAUCAAGAGUAGCGAAUGUGUUACAAGUUACAGUUAGUAAAUUUUAUAAUGUUAAUAUAAUAAGUUAAAUAAAUGUUCCACAAACAUUUCAUGUCCCUCCAUGCUAUUUCGAAAGGACAAGGAACUAUGGCGUUAUGCGUCAAAAAACCUGUCAAGAAAUUUCGAUGGGAACAGCAAUCUGGAGUCGCAACAGUCACAUGUCCCACAACAACAAUAUCCUAUCCAAGUGAGUCGUCAAUACCAGCUCACGCAUCAAUGCCGGAAUUCAUUUUGCCAUACCGAGAAUACAUCGAGCACAUCCACAUCCAUUCUCGAAUAUUCUGGUUCGUCUACGGAAAUAAUAUACGAACCGAAAGGGAACGUUUCGGAAAGUGGUUGCAGUUGUGGAAAAAAUUUCGACGAUAUUUCCGUCGUUUACUGCGACCAAACUCAUCCACAAAGGAAGAAACAUCUGAGUUGCUCAAAGGAUCAUUUAGCGAUAAUAUCGCAGCGUUCCCUUCAAUCGAAUCUAGAGAAUCAAUUGAAAUCACCCAUCGAAAUGACAGAUGUGUCAACUGCUUCAACAACAACAAUAGGGACAUUUGCUGCAACCGUAAAUAUGAUAAGAAAUUGUUGUCGCUUCUCAACCGAUGGUCACUCGAACGAGAUGUUUUCAACAGCCUUCUAUCAAAACGAGAAGCAAGGCGCCAGUCAGUCAGCAACAGAUGUCAAACAGUUACAGAGAUACCAACAAAUGUUCCGAAAACUUAUGAAAAUGCUGAAUCGUCAGCAACAAGCCAAAUUACUGGAAGCGGUGAAAAGCAGAAAGGAGAUGUCGGUCCCUCAGGACUCAAACUGUAUUUUACUAAAACGAUGCUUAAUUUACAAAGAAGAGCCGUUUGUGAUUAUAUGUCGACUAUUCUUUUGGCCAAAUUUGCGAGAUGGAUCAGAAUUGAAACGCUUGCCGAUCUGUUCAAACGAACGUCACUCCAUAUAUGUUUGUUGCAACCCUUUACAUUGGUGUCGAGUUCUCGAAACAGACAUUGCCUCUCCGCCAUACCAAGAAAUGGAAAGAUCGUUUUUCGAAGAAGACUGCGCCAAAAUGUUAGCAAACGAAAAUACUUUAACCAAACCAGUCAGAACGACUGAUAGUCAAGAUCAACCCUCUUGGUGCCAAGUAGCAUACUGGGAGUUUAACGACCGCGUUGGCAAUCGUUGCUGUGUACAUAAACCGUUUGUGAAUAUUUAUGCUGAAGGAAAAAGCUGUAAUAAUGACAGUCAGGAUAUCUGUCUACGAAAUUUGGCUGCAAAUAAAAGUACACCAUCUCGAGUCGACGUUGAACGCACGCGACAAAAAAUUGGUUUAGGUGUAGUAUUAAGUCAGGAAUUUGAGGGAGUAUGGCUUUACAACCGCUCUAUGGCCCCUGUUUUCAUCCUAUCACCAACUUUAAAUAAAUGUUUGGAGUGCGUCUAUAAAGUGGCGCCAGGAGAUUGUUUAAAGGCUUUCGAUACGAAUAGGGCUCAAUCGCUUGUUCGUUACACGCAAUAUCCUACUGCUAAAUUAGGCCCGAUGAAUAUGCAUAGCAUAUGCAUUAGUUUCGUCAAAGGAUGGGGUAAACAUUACACACGGCAAGAUAUUAUGAAAUGUCCAUGUUGGCUGGAAAUUUCAUUUACGCAACGGUGACAUCGGAGAACAAAUUUAACUGGAGCUGCAUGACAAACACUAUUACGGCACAGUGCACUAUGUGUGAAUGGAAUUGUUUUUAUAACCAGAAAAAUAAAGCUAACAAGGAAAGUUAAGCUUAUGCAAAAUUUCUGGAGAUGCAAACACAGCGGAUUAAAACAUUUAUGUUUUGGGUUUUUAGUAACUGAUAAAAGAGGAUAUAUAAAGUUUUGAAUCACAUGAAUGUACAGAAUAUUAAAGCAACAACACUCGCUAACAACUUCGAUGGCCCAUGGUAAAAGCUCAUCUUUUAGAAUAUAAUAUUUUUAUUGUGACUGAGUUAAUCGCACAUGUUAUGUGCACAAUGUGCAAUCGCUAUUUCCAUAAACAAAAAUUCUCCAUAUUUGCAAACGUACAUUCCGCCAAAGGAUUCUCUGUAUUUCAUAAUAAAAUACAUGUACAUACACGUAUAUAAAGGACGGCCUGAAAAAGGUUUGAUUAAGAGUUUCGAUACCAGAAUCAAAUUGCAUUGCCCAAAAAGGUGACCAGGCAAAAUAUCGCCAAAUUACUAUAAAUCGAUGGUAAAUUUUAAUAUUUUUUGACAAAAAUAUUACUGUGUCUUUUGCAUCUUAGAAAUUUUGCGUUAGAAACAUUGCAAUAUUUGUAGGUAAUUACUUACAAAGGUAUUGCAAACCUACAUACAUGUAUACAACACGAAGAUGAAUAAGAGGAGGAAAACCCUGUGAUUCAAAAACUAAUAAUAGCUAAGAAUUAUUUGAGUUUGUUCUAUAUUAAUAAUUUGUAUUUUUAAAUCAAAUAACGUAACCAAUUAAAGAGAAAGAAAGCGUUUAACGCUAUUUGGUGCCUAUAUAAAAUUGAUAUAAACUAGUCUUAAGAACGGAUGUGUAACUUACUUUAUAUGCUUAUACAUACAUACACGUAUGUACAUAUGUAGUAUGUAUAUGAGAGUGAUACAAAAAUAAGCUUUUUCCCAAACUGACUAAUAUUUCCGAUUGGAUAUUAAAAAUUAUGGUGAACAUAUGAACCAUUAAUGUUAAUAUUAAUAUAGUACUCAUUGCACUUUUCUAUUUUAUAUAGGAAUAACUGGUACACUAACCUUCACCUUCUGAUAUUUAUAGUAACAUAACCGAGCAACAUACAAAAAUCAUUUAGCUAAUAUUACUGGUUCAGAAAUUACUCGAGUUAAAAUUUACCGCAAUUUGUAUCGCUUGGAAUGUACAUACUUGUACAUAGUAAUGACCUUAAUGAAAAUAGCUGACUGAAAGCGCUCGAACCGUGAUCGCAUCAACACACAAAAUGCGGUUCUUUUGAUUUUGUUCGACAGCUCAUGUAUCUUUUGAACCAGCAAACUUAAGGAAAAAUCAUAUCCGAUUUUUUUUGUAUGGUUUAAUUUUCUCAAAUAAUUUGGAAUAAAUAUCGGAAA